GAUUCCCCCUGACCCCCGAGGGCUGUCCCCUGGCCUAUCUGCUUCUCCAGCUCCGUCCCAGCAGCCACGAUGAGCUUCACGCUGCACUCGGUUUUCUUCACCCUGAAGGUGAGCAUCCUGCUGGGGUCUCUGCUGGGGCUCUGCCUGGGCCUGGAGUUCAUGGGUCUCCCCAACCAGUGGGCCCGCUACCUCCGCUGGGAUGCCAGCACACGCAGCGACCUGAGCUUCCAGUUCAAGACCAACGUGUCCACGGGCCUGCUCUUCUACCUGGACGACGGUGGCGUCUGCGACUUCCUCUGCCUCUCCCUGGUGGAUGGCCGCGUGCAGCUCCGCUUUAGCAUGGACUGUGCCGAGACCACCGUGCUGUCCGACAAGCAGGUGAAUGACAGCAGCUGGCAUUUCCUCAUGGUGAGCCGUGACCACCUGCGCACGGUGCUGACGCUGGACGGUGAGGGUCAUUCCGGACAGCUGCAGCCCCAGCGGCCCUACAUGGAUGUGGUUAGUGACUUGUUCCUCGGUGGGGUCCCUGCAGACAUACGUCCUUCUGCCCUGACCCUUGACGGAGUGCAGGCCAUACCUGGCUUCCAGGGAUUAAUCCUGGAUCUCAAGUACGGCAACUCAGAGCCUCGGCUUCUGGGGAGCCAGGGUGUCCGGUUGGAUGCUGAGGGACCCUGUGGGGAGCGCCCCUGUGAAAACGGUGGGAUCUGCUUUCUCCUGGACGGCCACCCCACCUGCGACUGUUCUACCACUGGCUAUGGAGGCAAGCUCUGCUCGGAAGAUGUCAGCCAAGGUCCAGGCCUCGCCCACCUCAUGAUGAGUGAACAAGGUAGAAGUAAAGCUCGAGAGGAGAAUGUGGCCACUUUCCGAGGCUCAGAGUACCUGUGCUACGACCUGUCUCAGAACCCCAUCCAGAGCAGCAGUGAUGAAAUCACCCUCUCUUUUAAGACCUGGCAGCGUAAUGGCCUCAUUCUGCACACGGGCAAGUCAGCCGACUAUGUCAACCUGGCUCUGAAGGAUGGCGCGGUCUCCUUGGUCAUUAACCUGGGGUCCGGGGCCUUUGAGGCCAUUGUGGAGCCAGUGAAUGGAAAAUUCAACGACAACGCCUGGCACGAUGUCAAAGUGACACGCAACCUCCGGCAGCACUCAGGCAUCGGACACGCUAUGGUGACAAUCUCUGUGGAUGGCAUUCUUACCACAACGGGCUACACUCAAGAGGACUACACCAUGCUGGGCUCGGAUGAUUUCUUCUAUGUGGGAGGAAGCCCAAGCACUGCUGACCUGCCUGGCUCCCCUGUCAGCAACAACUUCAUGGGCUGCCUUAAAGAGGUUGUUUAUAAGAAUAAUGACAUCCGUCUGGAGCUGUCUCGCCUGGCCCGGAUUGGGGACACUAAGAUGAAAAUCUAUGGUGAAGUUGUGUUCAAGUGUGAGAAUGUGGCCACACUAGACCCCAUCAACUUCGAGACCCCAGAGGCUUACAUCAGCUUGCCCAAGUGGAACACGAAACGCAUGGGCUCCAUCUCCUUUGACUUCCGCACCACUGAACCCAACGGCCUGAUCCUCUUCACUCAUGGAAAGCCUCAAGAGAGGAAGGAUGCUCGGAGCCAAAAGAACACUAAAGUAGACUUCUUUGCCGUGGAACUCCUUGAUGGCAACCUGUACUUGCUGCUUGACAUGGGCUCCGGCACCAUCAAAGUGAAAGCCACUCAGAAGAAAGCCAAUGAUGGGGAAUGGUACCACGUGGACAUUCAGCGAGAUGGCAGAUCAGGUACUAUAUCAGUGAACAGUAGGCGCACGCCAUUCACUGCCAGUGGGGAAAGCGAGAUUCUGGACCUGGAGGGGGACAUGUACCUGGGUGGGCUGCCGGAGAACCGGGCUGGCCUCAUCCUCCCCACCGAGCUCUGGACCGCCAUGCUCAACUACGGCUACGUGGGCUGCAUCCGAGACCUGUUCAUCGACGGGCGCAGCAAGAACAUCCGGCAGCUGGCGGAGAUGCAGAACGCCGCGGGCGUCAAGUCCUCCUGUUCACGGAUGAGCGCUAAGCAGUGCGACAGCUACCCCUGCAAGAACAACGCGGUGUGCAAGGACGGCUGGAAUCGCUUCAUCUGUGACUGCACCGGCACCGGCUACUGGGGAAGAACCUGCGAAAGGGAGGCGUCUAUCCUGAGCUAUGAUGGCAGCAUGUACAUGAAGAUCAUCAUGCCUAUGGUCAUGCACACUGAGGCAGAGGAUGUGUCCUUCCGCUUCAUGUCCCAGCGGGCUUAUGGGCUGCUGGUGGCUACUACCUCCAGGGACUCUGCCGACACCCUACGUCUGGAGCUCGAUGGGGGGCGAGUCAAGCUCAUGGUUAACUUAGACUGUAUCAGGAUAAACUGUAACUCCA